AUGUCCGGCUCACUCACCCACAUCCUCCUUGAGGGCGCCUCUGGCUAUGCCAUCUUCAACGUCAAGCUCCAGGAGGAGAUUGCCGCGCGGUCCAAGCAGCUCCAGGACUCGAUCAAUGACUGGAACACGUUCAACCGCAUGGUCGAGCUCGCCUCGUUCUUCCCCUUCACCAGCGCCGCGCAGGCGCUCGAGAACGCCAACGACGUUUCGGAGGGUGUGCUCAACCCCCACCUGAAGAGCCUCCUCGCCAUGGUCAUCCCCAGCUCUGGCUCCAAGGGUAACAAAUCCCAGGCUGGUGUGCUCCUCGGAGUCUCGGAGCGUGGCCUCGCCGGUGCGAUCCAGGGUGAGACUGGCAUCCUCUGCGACACCUCGGAGCGUGCUCUCGAGCUCAUCCGUGGCGUCCGUCUCUACCAGGACAAGUUCCUCGCCAAGGAGGGUCUUGAGAAGGGUGACAUUACCCAGGCCCAGCUCGGUCUCGGCCACUCGUACUCGCGCGGCAAGGUCAAGUUCAACGUCAACCGCUCGGACAACAUGAUCAUCCAGGCCAUCUCGCUCUCGGACCAGCUCGACAAGGACCUCAACACCUUCUCGAUGCGUUGCCGCGAGUGGUACGGCUGGCACUUCCCCGAGCUGUACAAGCUUGUCCCCGAUGCGCACCAGUACGCCCAACUUGCCGUCCUCAUCGGCGACCGCACUCAGCUUAACGAGGACAAGCUCGCCGACAUGCAGGAGAUCCUCGACGAUGACGAGACCCGCGCCCGUAACGUCCUCGAUGCGGCCCGCGCCUCCAUGGGUUCGGACAUUAACGAGAUCGACCUCCUCAACAUCUCCAACUUUGCCGAGCGUGUCGUCAAGCUCGCCGAGUACCGCAAGAGCCUGCGUCGCUACCUGGUCGAGAAGAUGAGCAUUGUCGCGCCCAACCUGUCGGCUCUCCUCGGCGAGACCAUUGCCGCUCGCCUCAUCAGCCACGCCGGUUCGCUCACCAACCUCGCCAAGUACCCCGCCUCGACCGUGCAGAUUCUUGGCGCCGAGAAGGCCCUCUUCCGCGCUCUCAAGACCAAGGGCAACACCCCCAAGUACGGUCUCAUCUACCACUCGAGCUUCAUUUCCCGCGCUGGCUCCAAGUACAAGGGCCGCAUCUCGCGUUUCCUCGCGAACAAGUGCUCGAUCGCGUGCCGCAUCGACUGCUUCUCCGACGUGCCGACCAACAAGUUCGGCGAGGCCCUGCGCGCGCAGGUUGAGGAGCGCCUUGCCUUCUUCGAGACCGGCGUUGCGCCUUCCAAGAACGCCGACGCUAUGCAGAAGGCAUUGAAGGCGAUUGCCGCCGACCUCGGUGAUGACGAGGAUGACGACGACGACGACGAGGGCGACGUCUCUGCCGCCGACAUCGAGGCUGCCGCCAAGCAGGUCGAGAAGGAUCAGGUGUCUGCCGCCAAGGCCCGUGGACCAAUGGACCCCGAGCUCGCCCAGCUGGCGUCGAGCGCUGCCGCGACCCCGUCCAAGAAGGAGAAGAAGGACAAGAAGGACAAGAAGGAGAAGCGCAAGCGCGACGAGGACGAGGACGAGGACGAGGGGCGGAGGAAAAAGGAGAAGAAGGAGAAGAAGGACAAGUCCGACAAGUCCGAGUCCAAGAAGGAGAAGAAGGACAAGUCUGACAAGAAGGACAAGAAGGAAAAGAAGGACAAGAAGGACAAGAAGAAGUCCAAGGACUAA